UCGGUCGUGAUCGGAAGUAGUCCUGGCUCCAGCUCCGCGUUUGGAUUUCCACCGGGCCCUCGGCCAAUCAGAGACAUCUGGACAAUUUCACAGCAGCGAAAAGUGGUCCGGGAAGGGGGAAGGACAGGCAGCUUUUCCGUGUGAGUUGGAGGGGUGAGUGAAAGUGAAAAAGUGAAAUUCAAGGUUGGAAAUGUGGAGAUAAGUGAUGGAGUGAGUGAACACGAGGAAAAACAGCUAACGAAGCUAAAAACACCUGACCGGAACGUGGACGACUAACUGCUGGUCCGGGUUCCAAGUGUCCACACGGAAACCUUACGAAGCGUGUUUUUCGCUCCAAAUCCAAUCAUCAUAAACUGUGCGCCUCGUCACAAUUGUUGCCAGAUUGGUUCGCGUUUUCUUCUCGUCUCUUCCCAGCAGAAGAGAUUCAGGUGUGUUUGUCUGCCCUGAAAAUUGUGCGUGCGUGGUGGUACACGUGCGUAGCGGUCGCCACGUGCGUGAUCAAAACGCGCGGAAUCUAUCACGAGCUUGGCUGGGAGCACCGUGUUGCCAGUUGCAGUGAGAAUCGUGAGAGUAGAACUCGCAACUCUCACGAGGAAGCGCGUCACUCACGGUGGUAUCGUCGUUCGGCUUCGGCUGUGGCGGUGUUCAAAGUGGGACCACCAGUAGUGCAUGGAAGUUGAUCCAGACGUCAGUACUUUCCGUGAUCGCAGAGUAGAAGGUCUCCGUCACCGGUGGAUCCCUUAGCCUCAUACCAAUUGUUGGAGCUGGAGGUUUGAUAGUGUGUUGGUUGGUAGUGGUAGUGGUAUAGUGUUGGUGAUGUUGCAACAACGGCUGGAUAUCAAUUAUAAGAUUGUAGAAGCUAGCUACCCGUGACAAAGUGAGGUGUUAAACGUAUAAUUUAUGGCUGCACUCGAAAUUCUUGUCUAAUUGAAGCAGAUUCACACCGGUGAAGAGGAGUGGGACAGCUGAGGAAAAUUUGAGGAAAAUUCGAGGAAGACACAAUUUGUUUGGGGGUGGUGGCGUUAGCCAAGUGUGAAACCUGUAUUUAACGGAAUUUGGGUCAAUCGUGGGGGAGGCGAAAAGGAAAAGGUGGAAAAAUUGUGGGAAAUCGUUAGUCAUACCGAGAGUGGCGGAACAGCUGAACCGUGAAAUCUCCCUGCAAAAACAUCAAAGGUGAAAAUUCGAUAGUAUUGUGUUCAAGUGGAAAACGUGUAUUGACAGCAUUAAGAAGAAGAAGAAGAAGAAGAAAAGUUCAGAGAACAAUUCAAAGGCAAACACACAGCACAACUCUCAGCGAAAUGGCCUUGUUCGUAGAAAUAUGAGUUGAAUCGGCUUGGCUGGCUGCUUGGCCUGGAAGCUGUUUUAACGUCUUUAGGAAGAAACGCGUUUGUAAACAUCGCUGAAUUCAGCAGCAGCAGCGACGACGAAGACGGCAACUACAAGGAGUGCAAAGAUUCCACCACGAUUCCAACACGGUACUUCGAAAGCAAGAAGAGGGAUCUAGAACUCAAGAUGAAAAACAUACCCGCCCUUCGGCAGCCACCUUGCGUCAUCGACAGUUUCCGUGGCAGUGUUGCCGGCGAUGCUGAAGCAGCGAGUUACGAGCAUUUUUGAGUUGAUUUGAACUCCCUCCCUCCUCCAGUGAAAAGGAAGGCUCAACCGUUUUGAGCAAGCCAGAGUGUGGUUUAGGGUCGGUUAGUGUAGUUUAAACGGGGAAUUUGGGAACAGGUCGGAAAAUUCAAACCUUUCCCACUAGAGCAAGCAAGCAGUGAAGUUUAUUCCGGGUGGAAGCUGUGUGUGUGUAGUGCAGUAGUGGGAGUAUAAUCCGCAAUUUUUCGACACGUCACCGACACGCGACACAGUUUCGGAACACGCUCUUUCCGGCUGAACGUCGUCAUAGGAGGCGUCAAAACUGUUGGAACUAGAGCGUAACCGACUCCGUUCUCCGACGACGCCGACACCCGCCAGAGCAGAGGACGAAAUACGAUAACACGGGCCUGUAGUAGCGGGCGGUAGCAACACACAGAAGUAGAAACAAGAUCAAACGAAAAUGGCCAUGAACAUCCACAAGUGGGAAAAGCUAUCGCCAAGUGAAUUCCAGCAGCUGCAAGAUCUCGCCUCAUAUUCGACGAAAAAGCUCCAGACUGUCCUGCAAGAGUUCUGCUCGCCAACGACACCCACAGCGACCCGCUUCCUUCCGGAUGGGGACAUCGAGUACGAAGGCUUCCGGCGCUUUCUGGACGCCUUCCUGGACUGCGAAACGCCCGAGGAGCUCUCUAAGCAUCUGUUCAUAUCAUUCCUGAAGCCGGCCCUGUACCAGGCCCAGCACAGCCAUGGCAAGGCCCUCUGCCAGAUGGCCGCGAUUAGCAGCAACGCGGCGUGCGCCCCCGUGACGUCACACAACCGAGGGUCCAUCCCCAACCUGAACAACAUCAUCGAUCUGCCGACGCCACAGCCUUCGCAGGAAUCGCAGCGGAACAGCUUCGUGGAAAGGAUUCACGGCAUCACGGACAAGCUGCAGUCCCUUGGGGGCCAUCUGGGCCACGAUAGCGGAGGCGGUGGGGAUCGGCAGGGCAAGAGUGGAACGGUACACCCGAUGCUGACGGUGACACCGAGCCCGAUGGGAGGCAGCACCUCGAUCCUGCCCGCCCCGUUUCGCCGGUCCGCCGACUCCAGCCCCUCGCACAGUCACUCCCACAGCCACUCGCAAAUCUCGCGGAACUCGUCGCGCAAGAGCAACAACUCCGUCAACUGCCGGAUCGAAGAUAUUCGAUUACUUCCUCGAAAGCAGUCCUAUCUGGAUCCGCUGCUGUUCAAGGUGCCACUGAAGGAUGUCGUCUGCUAUCUGUCCCUCCUGGAAGCCGGUCGCCCCGAGGAUAAGCUGGAAUUCAUGUUCCGGCUGUACGACACCGACGGAAACGGCGUCCUGGACACCACCGAAACCGACGCCAUCGUAAAUCAAAUGAUGUCCGUCGCGGAAUAUCUCGGCUGGGACGUGUCCGAGCUGAGGCCGAUCCUCCAAGAUAUGAUGACGGAAAUCGACUACGACGGCGACGGGUGCGUCUCGCUGGAAGAGUGGCAACGGGGCGGAAUGACCACCAUCCCACUGCUGGUGCUGCUGGGUGUCGAUAACACGCUGAAAGAGGAUGGCUACCACGUGUGGCGGCUGAAACACUUCUCGAAGCCGGCUUACUGCAACAUGUGCCUCAAUAUGCUGGUCGGCCUGGGCAAAAAAGGACUUUGCUGUGUAUUGUGCAAGUACACGGUCCACGAGCGGUGCGUCCAACGCGCUCCGGCUUCCUGUAUCGCCACGUACGUCAAGUCGAAGAAGUCCAAAACAACCACCACCUUCCAGCACCACUGGGUCGAGGGCAACUGUUACGGGCGGUGCUCCAAGUGCCGGAAGCGCAUCAAGGCGUACAACGGCAUCACCGGGCUGACGUGCCGCUGGUGCCGGAUGAUGCUCCACAACAAGUGCGCCUCGCUGGUGAAGGCCGAGUGCUCGCUGGGCGAGUUCGCGAACCAGGUGCUCCCACCGACGGCCAUCUGUCCGGCCGUGCUAGACCGCCAGAAGUCCAUCAACUUUACCACCAACAACCGGGGGAAGAGCGUAUCAUCGACGAUCCACUUUCAAAUCAGCACUAGCGCAAACAUUUGUCCACUGUUGGUGUUCAUCAACCCGAAAAGUGGCGGUCGCCAGGGAGACCGGAUAUUGCGGAAGUUUCAGUACCUGCUCAACCCGCGUCAGGUGUACGACCUGUCCAAGGGAGGUCCCGUCGAGGGUUUGACGAUGUUCAAGGACGUGCCCAACUUCAAGGUGAUAUGCUGCGGUGGCGAUGGCACCGUGGGCUGGAUUCUGGAAGCGAUGGACUCGGUUGAGCUGCAGUGUCAACCAUCGAUCGGGGUCAUCCCACUUGGGACGGGGAACGACCUGGCGCGGUGUCUCCGGUGGGGUGGCGGUUACGAGGGAGAAAGCAUACCCAAAGUACUGGACAAAAUCCAACGCUCGUCCGUGGUCAUGAUGGAUCGGUGGAGCAUCGAGGUGAAAAAUCAUCCAACGACGUCCUGCGACGAGCUGCCGUUGAUUCCCACGCAUAAGGUACUACAGGUGACCCUUUCGGAAAACGUGCAAAAAGUGAUAGAGCUCUCGCAUAGAAUAAUUGUGGAAAAAUCUGUGAUUCAAUCGUGCGACGAAAAUAGUACAAAAACCACCGAGAUCUCGAUGGAGAACACGAAGCGUGUCGUACUGAGUGACAAUAAUGGCACCAGCACCGAGUCGCACCACCAACACCAUUCGAUGACAACGAUUUCAUCGUCGCACAAGGAAAUUACUCAGCAAACAACCCGCGCCACGAGCAAUGGCGAUAUUGUCAGCAAAGAACCAACGUCGUCGCCGCACUCGGAAACGGUCAUUAACGGCUCCAGCGAGUGUCACACGGAAGUCAUCAACGGUAGCGCAGACCCCGCCUCGCCGACCUCCCCAAAGGACACGGAAAUCGAUAAGGCACGUGCGGACGUGGAGGACGAAUCGGACGAGGUGGUGGCCUCACCGACCUCGACCACUGCAAAGGAAAGAAUUGUUGACCUACCGAAGCUUAUCAAACCGCAGGCCGCAUCAGAAUUCACCAUCCCGUACAACAUCGUCAACAAUUACUUCUCGGUGGGAGUGGAUGCCGCCAUCUGUGUCAAGUUCCAUCUGGAGCGGGAGAAGAAUCCGCACAAAUUCAACAGCCGGAUGAAGAACAAGCUGUGGUAUUUUGAGUACGCCACGUCGGAAACGUUUGCAGCAUCGUGCAAAAAUCUGCACGAAAAACUCGAAAUCGUGUGUGAUGGCGUUUCACUGGAACUGGCCAACGGUCCCCAGCUGCAGGGUAUUGCCCUGCUCAACAUCCCGUACACCCACGGGGGCUCGAACCUGUGGGGUGAACAUCUGUCCCAGAAACGGAUGCGGAAGGGACCGUUCCGGAAGAAGCUGAAAAACUCCGACAAAGAGCUGAGCGCCAACAGCUUCAACUCGGUGGACCUCUCGAUAGCGAUUCAAGACAUCGGCGACCGGCGAAUCGAGGUGAUCGGGCUGGAGAACUGCCUGCACAUGGGCCAGGUGCGUACCGGACUGAGAGCAUCCGGCCGCCGGUUAGCGCAGUGCAGCGAAGUCGUGAUAACCACCAAAAAGACCUUUCCCAUGCAGAUCGACGGCGAGCCGUGGAUGCAGGGACCGUGCACCAUCCGGCUAACGCACAAGAACCAGGUCCCGAUGCUGAUGGCCCCUCGGUCCGAGAAGAGCGGAGGAUUCUUCAACUUUCUCAAGAGAUGACUAUCACGGAAGCCCGACACGAACAGCGAUCCCCACGAGGCCUAGCCUUUAAGCGUGUCGGACGACGAAUCACGGGGUUGAAUCGGCCGGUCCGUUCCUUAAAAGUCGGCGGCAUCGCUCGCGUAACGAUGCCGUCGCAGCUGAACUAAAGCUUUAACCAAGAACCAAUGAAGAAACCAAAAAAAAACCCGUAGUUGAAGAAGAAAGAUUUUUGAAGUUGUUUCUGCUAUCAACUUGUACAGACUUAAUUUAAUUUAGAUACAUUUUUCCCUUUUACAAUUUAUAUCCAAUUGUCGAUUCCGGAUAAGUAGAUAACGAUUUCGUAUCGAAACUCGUUACAACUAGCAAAGAAGAAUCUCAACCUUUUCUACGAAAUGCUUUAGACCAGUCGCAAACCCAUCCAUUAGAAGAAAAAGAAGAAAAAAAGGUCACAGUUCCUCUGCACUCAGUAAUAGUGACUAUGCUCCUCCAACGCGUAACACAUUUCACCCAUACUCACCAGUCAGAACUGAAAUAAACAGAAAAGAAAUAAUACCCGUAUCAACCAUGUUCUGAACAUAUCUGCAUCGUAUGUUUUGGACAGUCGACCCGAAGGGACCUCCCCCUUCCUCUCAGUGUAAUCUGGUAAGCGAUUGCUUCCCUGAACACAAACAUACCCACAGCAAAGGUUUCUUCCCUUCACAAUUUUUCAUUUGAACACCUUACAAUCGAAUACACACACACACUAACAUUAUCACACAUACAAGCAGCUCGUUACGUUACCUGUCCUGUAAUGGAAAAUAGACAAAUUGGUAAAUUUGCAAUCAUUCUGGGAAAUCUGUUUAACAUUUAGAUUCUGGAUGGUUGCGUUUCUAGAGCACACUUUUUCUCAUUCUAACUGCUUGUUGGUGAGUAAAACAUGGUAUUUUUUCAGAAAAGAGUUAAUUCAACCAUGGCUAAAACAUUUUCCUCGAGAAAUGGCUCGUUGCACUUGAUUUAUCAUACCUGCUGCAGAGCAAUUCUUUUCAUUUGGCAUGAACUUUGUUGGUGUCUUCUUUUUAAACAAAACAGAUAUUUUGCAUCAUUAGUUCUGCAGCUCGUUGAAAACUUUGAUUUUUUCUGCACUCGUCGUUUAUCAAACGUUUAUCUAAUUUAUCUAACGAGGCUCUACCGAGUUUGAUAAAUACGACGAGUGCUUUAUAAUCACCAUUAUGCAACCUGUUGCAUAAGCCUCUAUUUUAAUAUUGGUAAAAUUGGGAUGAAACUUGUUUUUUUUUUGUAUGGGGACUUGUUGUUCGCAAAUUAAGUGGAAAAUUAAUUAUCCAAAAAAAAUUGCCGUUGUGGAGCUAUGGUGUCUUCAGAAGAGUUGUUGCAAAUAGGAUAGGGCCACUUGAAAUUGGUUGAAAAUAAGAAGUGUUCACGAUUAAGAUGUUUUAAAAAAUCUUGCUUUUCAAAAAUAUUUUUGAAUUUUUUUGCUGUCCUCUUGAAAGAUGUUGGGCUUGCCAAUCCAAAAAAAAAUUGUCGAAGACCCCAACUAGGGGAAAUAUACCCAUUAUAAUCAGUCUAAGCCGUUCAUCAUUUUUGCCGUUUUCAGUUUCAGAGCAACCUUUUUUUGUAUUUAAAUCAUUAAUUUGUACUUAAUUAUCAAAAUUAACCCCGCUGAAUCUGAAUAAGAAAAAUAAGAUGCAAAUAAGAAGGAACAACUUUUAGAUUGGUUGAAAAUUAGGGGGGUUCACAAUUAGGGAAUAUAAUUUUACUUUAUAUUAUGAGAUAAAAAUUGUGCAUCUUCGACAAAGUAGCUCAGGUUGGCAAGUCCAACAACUUUCUAGAGGACAAAAAAUCCCAAAAAUAUUUCUGAAAGGUUAUAUUAACAAAAAAAAAACUCCCUGAUCGUGAACCUCAUUAUUUCAACCAAGCCAAAAGUUGUAACUUCCUAUUUGUAGCAGCUUUUCUGGAGAUACCAAAAUUCCAGAACGGCACAUUUUUUUUUUUGGAAAUCUAUUUUCCACUAACUCUGUUGUCUCUCUCCUCUUUCAAAACAUGCACUAGUUAAUUGUAAAAACCUAUCGAAAAGUCGCUUUGCAUGUGUUGUGUAUCGAAUAGACAAACCUGUGAAAUCUGUGUUUGCAAAAGCCAAAGGCUUCAACUCUAUUAUAUACGGUAGGGAAUAUUACGUUUACCUUUCGGUUUCUCUUUAUUUUUCUACAAGCAAAAAUAACAACUAGAAAGUGAUUUGGGUGGGCUUGCGCAAAUAGAAAGAAAAGUAAAAAACGCAGCCACGUGGAACGGGAUUGACUAUUCUGUGCUGGACGGCGAGAAGGGAGAAAUUAUUUUUGCUUCGGAAACACCACAGUAGCAGUUAACAACAUGAGGCUCAUAAGUGUACAUAUUUGUAGUUUAGCAUUCAUGUUCGAGCAUUUCACCAGUCACUCAAAAAUAUCGAAAAUCGUCUGUCUGUAAGUGCAUUGAAUGAAAAGAAAAUUACGGUGAAAAGUGCAGUAUUAGCUACAAUAUAAAAAAAACUUUAAAAAUAUAAACUGAAAUUCUAAAGUAGCUCUGUAAGGAAAACUGAAAACAUUACACGCAGAAUUUGACGAUAUUGUAGUUAGCGAAAUGCAUGAAAAAUCGAGUAUUCUAAAGAAUAAAUAUAUGAAAAGUUGAGUAGUUUAGACAACUUCUAACAAAAAGUUACAUCUUUACAGCUUCAGUUUUAGCGAAUGUGAAACAAAAACAAAACCACUUUACUGAAAAAGAUAACUGUUACUUAUCUUGGUAUGAUUUAUCAGUAUUGCUUGUGUUUAAGUAUUUUUAUAACAAACGACGAGGACUCGAGUGCAGCGUACGCCAACCGCCUCUGGAUAGUAGUUUCAGGCCUAAAAUACUGAUUUUUAUAUAUAAUAACAAAACAUAUUAUAUAUCAGACAAGCAGAGAUAUUAUAAAACAAACUAAAAUAAUGGUAGAAAGUAAUGAAAACAUGGCAUAAAAAAAAGAUCGAAUGUAUAAUUCCUGUAAAAAAAAUCUGUAGAUGAUGGUUUUUUCCCAACCAACUAAAUCUUUGAAGUGUGCUUUGUUUGUGACUGAAAAGAAUAUUGUGCGUAUAUGCUACCAAGUAGCUAAAAUUUAAGAUUAUAUGGAACUCAUGUUUGUGUUACUUAACUUUGUACAAAAAAAAAUAUAUACAAAAACUGCUAGUUGAAUAUUUGUAGAAAUAACAAAUUUUAGUUUUCAAUGCGUUUAGUUCACUGCGGUAAGAAGAGUGUAACUUUGAACACAAAUAUACACGAAAGUUUCGGACCAAACGGGGCACUAUUAGAUGGCAUUUAGCAAAGUGUAGUCCUUUUCACCGAAAUAAUAUGUUUUCUAAUCCUAACCCAAGCGGUUCGAACAUGAAAUUUUAAAUUCCUUAGAAAUUCUGUACAAAUCAUAUGUUAUGAUUGGCACCAAUUUGUUUAAUAAAAACACAGUUUACGGAUGAAGAGAGACUUUAAAACGCAGUAUAAAAUGAUAAAUCAAACAUGAUAGUAAACUAUAGAGCUGUAGUCAAACUAAACAGAAAUAUAUUCGUCCAUCAAUUAUACCAAAAAGAGCCCAAUUAAAAUUAUGUAGAAGAUCUGUUAUAAAAAUCAAUCGCAUUAAACAAAACAAAGAGUCACCUACGGAUAAAUAUAUCAACUGGACAGAAUUAGAAAAUAAAAACACUUUUAGCGCUCGCAUCUGCCCUUUACCUCCUAAAAUCAAACAUACAAGUGAAGAAUACGGAACGAAUUAAAAUACGUUAAAGCCAUAACUGGAACCCGAGAUGUCUGUGUAUGUCGUCGGUUUGUUUCACCGAAACUAAAGUAUGUACUACGAAUAUGAAAGAAACAUGUGAUUUUAAAUGUAUAAAUUUAACCAUAGAAGCUAACGACGCGGUGACUGCUGAAUCCAAACAUACGCUAUUAUAAUAUUAUAUUUAUUACUAUUUUAUUAGCCAAAAGUACGGAGUGUAUAAUAAAACAUGUGUAAAUAUUAUAAA